AUGCACUACGGCUGGAUAGUGCAGGCAUCCCACGGCUCAGGGGCAUCCGAUCGCAGACAGUUUGAUUGGGAGAAAGUGUUCAACGGGAACAGGACAGCGUAUGAGGAAUUCCUGAGAGACUACGGCUGGAUAGUGCAGGCAUCCCACGGCUCAGGGGCAUCCGAUCGCAGACAGUUUGAUUGGGAGAAAGUGUUCAAAGGGAACAGGACAGCGUAUGAGGAAUUCCUCAGAGAAAACGGCUGGGCAGUGCAUGCAUCCCACGGCUCGGGGGCAUCCGAUCGCAGACAGUUCGAUUGGGAGAAAGUGUUCAACGGGAACAGGACAGCGUAUGAGGAAUUCCUGAGAGACAAAGGCUGGGCAGUGCACACAUCCCACAGCACGGCAACAUCCAAUGGCAAACAGUUCGAUUGGGACCAACUGUUCAAGGACGACAAGGAGGCUAUUGAGGAAUACCGGAGAGGCAGCAGAACACACCGUACAUCCUCCAGCUCCUCCAGACGUUUUGGUGGUCCUGGAACCCAGGGCGUUGCUGAAAGCACACACCAGACAUCCCAUCGAUCCAGUGCUCCUGGGGUGCAGUCAUCAGCCACGGUGUGGAAUGAGGAUACGUACAGGAGUGGCACUCAGCUGGAGGACUCAAGGAAAGAUCACACCAGACACAGGCGGAGCCGCAAGAGAGCACCUGCCCUCAAGUAGUUCACCAUCUGUGAGACAGUUCUCGGGCAGUGGUUUGCUUUGGGCCCACUCUCCAACACAGCAGUUUAAUGUCAAAGAAAAAAUGCAUGCAUAUUUCUUCUCUUCUAAUACCGUGGGGUUCUACUAUCCUUCCGUCCUAGCCUGGGGUUCUGACUAUCCAAUGGAAACUGGUCGACAGUGCCUGAUCUUUGUUACUUCCUGAUGGGAUCGCUAUGCCACUGACCAAUGAUGACGUGGCAACAUCUCUCCCGAAGACCUGGGGAUCAGUGUGGUACAGCACCAGCUGAAGCAUGACAGCCUCUUCCCCUCCCCACACAAGCCCAGUGCAAAGAAGGGCCAAGACAUCACUUCCCCACCUCCCUCCAUCCCAUCCCCACACCGUGAUGUCAGAAGCCAGGGAGAAAGCCCACCACAUCCGGGGAAGAUGGUAACUGUGGAAUUCCAGCUCCUCAGCAGGUUUCCAGUAGGAGAAUGAUUAGGAAAUGAGAUGGUGAUGAGCUCGUAGAGUGGUGCAGAACAUGGAUAAUCAGCCAACACCCAGCCAGUAUAAAGUCUCACCAGAGUGGGCUGGUACCAUUGCCCACAGCCUCUGGCUGAGACAGUCUGCCUGUUUACAUUGGCACUCACAGGAAGAAGGGGAUGGACAGGUUUUUAUGGAUGAGAGUCUCCGACAAGGGGCCAUGGUUUCAGGACAAGGCGAUGGUACAUAGGAACAAAUGUAUUCUAAUAAGAGUACAGGGAUUCCGGAAUUUUCCAGCUGAGUACCGAGGAAAUUUGGAACACCUAGAGCAGAGAUGAGCAAUUUCUUUAGCCAGAAGGUAGUGAAUCUCUGUACUUCAUUAUUAGGAACAUUUAAAGUGGAGGUUGAUAAGUUCUUGAUUAGUAAGGGUGUCAAAGGUUAUGGGGAGAAGGUAGAAUGGGGUUGAGAGGGAUAAUAAAUCAGCCAUGAGAUGGUGGAGCAAACGGGCUGAUGUCUUCUGGAGUGUGUUGUAGAGACUGGAACAGAGGUAUUUAAAGAAGAGGGAAAGGUCAGGGUCUAAGGGCAGUGGGGAGCUGACAUCCAAGACCCACGUAGAUUAGCUAUGAACAUAACGGCAGGGCAGGUCUGAUGGCCAACAUUGCACCUAUCUCCUUGUGUAACCUGGAGAAGGAUUCCUGGGGUGGGGUUUUGAGGGAGUAAAGCUGAGUCUUUGCCUUCAGUCACUGCCCUGCUUUCUCCCUCCCCUUGGGCUCUGAGCUUGCUGGAAGCUUUCUCUCUGCUGGUGACAUUCCUGCGUACGUUUCCUUUCAAGUACCAACUGAUGAUUUUUCAGCUUGCCUUGUUUAAAUUAUAAAUUGUUUUUGGAAUAAACAUUUUAAGAAAGAAAUUGGAGGUAAUUUUUAAACAGCCUGCUCUUGAUGAGAUCUCUGUGUGGAGGGACUCCUAUCUGAUCCACUGAAGUCAGAUCUGAAUGUGUCAACGGGUGUCUGAGGGUGGGGAUCCAGUCAGGCAGAGGAUGAUGGGGUGGUGGGAGUCACACAGUCAUAGAGCUGUGGCCCCCUUGGACUGUUCAGAAUCACUCCCCCCACCCACCCGGAGUGCAGACCCUGCCUCAUCCUCCUAGACCCAGGCUUACUAGCUCCACUUACCACCACGGCCUGGGACAUUGCCAGGUUUUAUAACCUGCAGACAUAGGAGCUAAUGUGUCUGAUGCCGCAUCUCCUUGGUCCGCCUGGACAGGUCUGGGAACUGGUCUUAAGUGGAGUUCUGUGCUCCAGGUUGAAAUUUCCACCAUUCUGAUAUGACAGAUGCUGUGGGGCAGGGUGACCGAAGCAACUCCACACAUGAUUUCACCAUAGUUAGUUCACAAGAGGAAGCCAGGGAUGUCCUCAGGGACCUGUACACAGCCUUUAGCUGUCAGAUCAGAUGAAAGGCGAAUGGUUUUAUAAUCAGCCGCUGGUAAUGGGUGGGGCAGUGUACAUGCAGGGACGCUACCCAUAGCCUGGGCUUUCCCACCGUUGUUAACUCGCCUCCCUGAACAGUGGGCAUUCCAACCUGGAAUAUCAGACCCCACUAACAACCAGCUCCUGGUCCUAUUAAGCUGGGUCGAGGGAAUGGGACAUGCAGUGUGGGAAUUCAUCGGACAUGUUGUGUUAAGGGUGAUGGGGGGGCGGAUGUCAAUUACACUCUGUGCUUGAAGCUCUUGCACCCUCCAACCUCUGGAGAUAUGUUUCCAACUCUAGACUAGCCUACCGGUCCUCCGAGCGGUUUAUUAGUCUGCAAACUGUGCUCUUUCUCUGAUAAACGUUUCAAUAAACUGUCAGCAU